AGCAAGCAAAAGGGAAAAGCAAGGAGAGCUCAGGCGUAAACAUUACACUUUUUACAAGACUUCAUUCCGUGAGAGGGGGAAAAGAAAAAGACAUGUCUGACUCAUCUGGAUUAAAGGAAGCCAUGUGUAAGGACAGCUAGUCAAUGUGAAUACAUGGAACGAAUUCUUGUGUUGUUUUGCAACCUAAUGCAUUUAUAGCUGAGUUGGACUGGAGGGGGGGAGAUUGGAUCUCCCCAGGACGCCACAUUAAGGUUCUCCAUAUUGGGCUACAAUGGCGACCAAAAGACCCAGCUGCACCCUCUUUGACACUGUAUCUAACAUAAACAUGUCUGACCGCAAGCUUCAGCCAGGUGGAAAAAUCUCCCGGGAUCCAAGUCCCAGACCAGCAAAGACUGCCCAGUCGGAGCGAGACCGAGACGGCAUACGAGAAGAAGACCGGAGGAGGGAAACAGAAGUGGAGAAAACGAGAGACAAAGCGAGAUACAAAGACGUAGACCCACGAGAGAGAUACUAUGAAAGAACGCCUGCGUCCAGGAUGAGAGAGGAAGAAAAAGAGUGGAGGGAGAGAGAAAGGAGGCAAGGAGACGACAGUUGCAGAAAUGGACGGCCACUGUUAAAUCUAGAGAGGGACCUUAAGAGAGAGGUGGGGAAGGAGAAGAAAGGCGACACAUUUCCCAGAAUGAGAAAAAGCAGUGAGGAACGUGACAGAAGACAAAUGUGCACCACGAGGAUUGAUGAAAAAAAAGGAGAAAGUAGGCAGAGGCGAAUGGAGGGAGACGACUGGGAGAGAGAGCAAAUUAAGACGUGGCAGAGGGAGCAGUACAGAGAGAGAGAAAGAGAUGAGAGGCAAAGCAGGGCAAAGGACGAGGGGAGAAAGAUUGGAGGGAGACCUGUGGAUGAUCAGAAAUUGCGACAGAGGGAAAGAUAUGAGGGAAAUAUAUCUGAUGCUGAUUUUCGAGACAGGGGAAGAGAGCGGGGAGAUUCGAGGGACAGAAGAGAGAGAGAUGCUGCGAGGAAGCGAGAGAAGCCAAGGCCUUACAUGGGAGAAAAGCAGGUCAGGUUGAGGUCACCGGACAUACGAAGAGACAGAGCGAUCCACUCGAAUAGGAAGGAGAGGGACGGGACGCCGAGACGAGAGGGAAAGAGGGACACCAAAAGUGAAGGGGACAGUGAUGAGAGAGAGAUGAGGAGGGAAAAGGUAAGGCACAGAGAGAGGGAGGAGUUGAUGUAUCAACACAGCAAAAGUGAGGGGGACAAUAAGGGCAAAAUACAGAGGGAGAAAGAUCCAUACAGGCAGGGAUAUAGAGAGGACGACAGGCAGAGGGACAGAGACAGAGAGCGAGAGGGGGAUAGAUCCAGGUGGAGGGCAGGGGAGAAAGAUAGGGAGAGGUAUAAAGAUGUUGACAGGAGAGCAGCAAAGGAGGGAGAGAAAUGGAGGGAAAGUGGGAGAGACUUGAAAGAGGACAGAGCCCGGCCAAACGACAGGAUAGAGGACGACAGAUACAAGCAGAGGAGAGACAGAGAAAGAGAGGCUGAGCGUAGGGGGGAUGAUACAGCAGGAAGAAGCAAAAGCAAGGUGGCGCCUCAGGUGCCGCCACGAUCCCAGAGCAGUGGAGAGUGGAGCAGUGACAUGGACAGCGAGGUGAGAUACAGAAAAGGUCAAGACCGUUAUGAAGAGAAAGAAUCGGGGAGAGAGAGAACAGCCGAGCGCAAGAGAGAUGUGGAAGAAGCGAGGGAUCCAGAGAGAGCUGCUGAAAGAAGGCAAAGGGAUCAGAUGAGGGGCGAAAGACGAGAGAGAGAGAGGGGAGAGGGGACAGGCAGCUUGCCAGCACAGAGAAGGAUGUGGUUAGAGCCGCAGAGCGGCAAGAAUACUAAAGAAGAGUUUGUAGACACACAGAGACACACAAGGGGGAGAGAAGAAGAGAAGAUUGUGGUGUCAAGGGCAGAGCGGGAAAGAGAGAUGCAACAAGUCAAAGAGGAACCAGAUGAGAGCAGUUACAGAGACAGACAUGCAGGCAGAGAGGAGAACAGCAGAAACAUGGAGGGGGAGGCCGAGGGUGUGAGUGUAGAUGGAGAGGAGGUCUGGAGAGAAACUGAUAAAGUGGGAAAGCAAUAUCUGUCCGACAGCAGUGGUGGAAUAGAAGGAGGCUGGGGGAGGGAUGCGGAGAACACGACAGACAGCACAGACGAUAGUGACAGGGAGGAAGAGAGCAGCAGGGACUAUUUCGUCCGCCCCGCGAAAGGAGGAGAAGGGGAAUCAGGUAGGAAGCAAGAGAGAGACAGCUUGCUGUCAGUAGAGGACGGCUUUGUGACAGUGUCCAGCGGUGGAGACGAGGAGGAUGAGAGGGAAGAAGAUGAAGAAGAGGAGUUUAAGGACUGUCAGGAAUCCUGGGGAGGUGGAAUUAAAUAUGACGGCUCCCCGCCUGUUGGCUUCAAGGGCCCUGACGGAGACAAGGAGAGGGUAGGAGAAUUGACAACAGGGAAGGAGGAGGCAGUUAAUGAGGAGAAACAAGGGAGGGAGAAGCAGUCAAAGUAUGUCAUCAGUGUGUAUGGGCAAAUUUUACCGAAGUCAAAACCUGGUGACAGGUCAUUGCCACAAGUUGAUGAGAUGGGAGUUGACGACCCAAAUUUAGAAAAGUAUCGUCACCACAGCGAUGACGUCACGCAGACACUUCAGGGUGACCAGCAUACAACACUGAGUAGAAAGCAUGAAUAUCCAUUCACCUACGACCAGGACACAGAAGGCAAGAGCGAGCAUGACGUGACAACAGAAAAGGAAGUGCGGGACAGGUCGUCUUCAGGACCUCAAGACUCAGAGGCUGAAGAGAGAGUGAGGAGCAAAGUGGAGAACCCGUAUGAGGAAAUAGGGCAGAUUAAAAGAGACUCACAAACUGAAAAACUCCUUGUAAAGUGGAGAGAGAAAAAUAUACAACCGGACGAAAGGAAGAGUGAGCAACUUUCUCCAACUAAUCCCUACGCUGAUGUGUUUCCUCCGGCCAAUGUUGAACAAAUUCAACCCAUCUUGGAUGGAACUGGAGCAAUGAGUCCAGAAGAGGUGGAGGCCAUUCGCAUCCGGAUGAGUGGGGCAUGGAGCAUGUCCGAGGAGCCCAAGCGGCACUCGCAAGCCCCCCACCUCAAAUGGGCCAAAAAUGUGGUUCUCGAGAUCCUGGGACAGACGGAGGAUCAGCUGAAGGAUGAGCCGAACCCAGGGAAACGCGGAGAGGUCAACCAGUCUGAGCAAGACAGACAGCAGGAGGACAGAGGGAUUCCUGUUGGUAGGAUGUCAAUGGACGAAGAGCACUCUGCGCCCGAGCUGGAGGAGUACUUGCCGUUGGAAAUGGAGGGAUUCAGAGAUGAUGAGGAUGAUCGGAGUAAAAGCUGGGGAGAAGUGGAGCUCAGGAAUGUUUUGGACACAAUCGACAGACGGAAAAGGAAUUCAAGGUUUUUCAAUGCUGCCCAGCUCUACCAGCAGUACAGCGAGGCGGCGCAGAACUUUGAGAUCCUAAGCCAGGCUCGCUCCGAUGGCCCGUCGGUGUCCGAGGACAACACCUCCCCUACUGCUCUGUCGCCUCUUCCUGCCCGCAGACCUCUACCUCCACUACCGCCUGUCCCACACCCUCACUCGUUGUCACACAAGCCCUCCAUCACCAGUGUACAAAGCUUGCCUCUUCCUGAGCCCCCAAAGAGCGAGGGCAGGCCUUCCUCUCCCCGUCUGUCCCUCACACUCCAACAGUCAUCCACACUGUGGCGGGACCUGCCUGGGGUCAGGAACAGUGGUCAACUGGACGAUCUCUCAGAGGACCAGAGGCGCCUGCAGGAGGUGAGAUUUGAAGUGUUGACCUCAGAAGCCUCCUACUGCCGGAGUUUGGAUAUUGUUGUUGAACACUUUGUCAAGUCCAAACAGCUGGGGGCGCUGUUGACCACGCAAGAUAGAAACUGGCUGUUUUCCCGGCUUGCAGAUGUUCGAGCCAUCAGCCACAGUUUUUUGUCAAAGCUGGAGGAGCGUGUGGAAACGGAAAUCGUUCACUUCACCGUGUGUGAUAUCAUCGUUCGGCACUGUCAGCGCUUCAAAAUGGUUUAUGUGCCCUACCUCACCAACCAGUCCUAUCAGGAUGCCACCUACCAGAGACUCAUGAAUGCAAAUCCAGGUUUCAAGCGGAUUGUCGAUAAACUAGAGAGGAGUCCAGUUUGUCAGAGACUUCCUCUUCGCUCCUUCCUCGUCCUUCCUUUCCAACGGAUCACAAGAAUAAAGCUGCUGGUCCAGAACAUUGUGAAGAGAACUACUCCAGGUACAGCAGAGGCGAUACAAGCCAUCAAAGCUAUGAAACUUCUGGAGAAGUUGAUUCAAGAGAGUAAUGACAGCAUCUCCCAGAUGAAAAACAUCGAGUCCCUGGUCACUCUUAGUGCUAAGGUGGACUUUGAAUGUAGGACUCUUCCCCUGAUCAGUCAGUCUCGGAGGUUGGUGCGGGAAGGCGUGGUCACGGAGCUGAUGGAUUUCUCCCUGAAAGACACAGAGAGGAACAUUCACAUGCACCUAUUCAACGACUAUUUGCUAAUUUCACUUCAUAAAGAGGGGGGAAGAUUCACUGUGAUCGACCACUCUCCUGUAGCAGAGCUGCGUGCUGAGAACUGCCGUAUCAAGCUUCACUCUUUACAGAAGAACGUGUUCCGGCUGCACAUGUUGCACAAAUCCCUGCUGCUAAGGACUGACACACUGAGUGACAAGCUACGUUGGAUAUCUGCUCUUUCCCGGCCACAUCCUGAAAUAGAUUUUUCUGCAGCUCAAGAUUUCCCUCAGAUGCAGUGUAUGCGAUCUUUUGUUGGGCAGCAGCCUGAUGAGCUGUCCUUAGAAAAAGCUGAGGUCAUUCUAGUUCACCAGCAAAGCAGCGACCAUUGGGUAGAGGGGACCCGACUGUCUGACCGGCAUCAUGGAUGGGUGCCCGAGUCCCAUUUGGAAACCAUAACCAACUCUAGAGUCCGAGAGCGCAACCUGUCAGAUGCUCUCAAGCUUACAACUGCCAAAGCUGCUGUUUGAGCGGCAUGGUCAGAGUGGCACCAGACAGUGGGACGUCCUGGAUGAGACUAUUUGUAAAGGAUAAGCUGGAAGAUGGAUAAUGGACAUUCAGUGAAUCAAAGGGGAAAUCAGUUGAAAUGCAUCUCGAUGUGGCAUCGCCUGUUUCACUCUGUGGGGGAAAAUAUAUAUAUAUAUAUCGAUGUAGAGUGAGGCAAGAACUGCUGUCAGAAAGACAUUAAAAGUGUUGUCACUGUACUAAAGAGCAUCUACGCCACAAACAACAUUGUGUGUUUGUUGCCAAAACUUACAGAGAGGUGAUUUUUUUUUAAUGAAUUGUGGAAAAUGUAUUAUAAUUUGUGCAUAGUAAUGAAUCUAAUGCUUUUAUGACGCGUGCCCCGAACAAAAUUGGCCCCUGAAUGCAGGAAAGAGCUGUCGGAAAUCAUGCAAUUAAUAAAAGCUGCACAGGACAUUUCAAUAAACUCAAAUUGAUGGAAUAAAAAUCACUUUGGAACACGA